CGGCCUUCAAGGUCACAAGGAAUGGUUGACUGAAAUCAACUAUCUUGGACAGCUUUACCAUCCGAAUCUGGUGAAAUUGGUUGGUUAUUGCUUGGAGGACGAGCAUAGGCUUCUCGUUUACGAGUUUAUGCCACGAGGCAGCUUGGAGAAUCAUCUGUUCAGGAGGGCUGCGCAUUUCCAGCCGUUAUCUUGGAGCCUGAGGAUGAAGGUUGCUCUUGGUGCAGCAAAGGGGCUUGAGUAUCUUCACAGCCCCGAAGCAAGAGUUAUCUAUCGCGAUUUCAAAUCAUCCAAUAUUUUGCUUGAUUCGAACUAUAAUGCAAAGCUUUCCGAUUUCGGCUUGGCCAAGGAUGGUCCGGUAGACGGGAGAAGCCACGUGUCUACUAGGGUUAUGGGUACGUACGGCUACGCAGCUCCAGAAUACAUGGCAACAGGUCAUCUCACAUCGAGGAGCGACGUGUACAGUUUCGGAGUCGUUCUUCUCGAGAUGCUGACUGGACGGCGCGUCCUGGACAAGAACCUCCCCCAAGGGGAGCAGAACCUCAUCCAAUGGGCGAGGCCGUUCCUCGCCAGCAAAAGGAGGGUUCUCCGCGUCAUAGACGCCCGCAUCCAGGGCCAGUACACGCCAAACGCGGCCCUGAAAGCGGCCACACUUGCAGUGAGAUGCCUGGCCACGGAGCCGAAGCAGCGCCCCAAGAUGAAGGAGGUGGUGGCCGCAUUAGAAGCGCUUCAAGACCCGGCCGGUGUGGGAACCGGCGGAGCUGCGCAGCACCGGAGGACAGCGUACCGUGGAGGCCGGGCGGCCUCGUAUCCGAGACCUUCAACUCCUCCUCCGCUUGUUGCAUCCUUGUAACUUGAAUUGAUGUUUUUGAGGAAAGAGAUGUGGAAAUGGUGGUUGCAAUUUUUCUGUGUUAAUUUGCUUGUAACACCAUUCUUGGAAGCUCUUUGUACAGCCAUUUUAUUUGGGAGCUAAAAUCUUCUUAGAUUCUCAACAACCAAUCUUCAUGAAUUAACUGUUAUAUGGUCUCAGUAUAUUUUCUCUAAAACCAAUUUGUGAUAAUUGAGUGAUUAUUGCUAUGUAUUUAUGUUAAUCUUUUUUUUUCAGAUGUUCGAUGUGUCACAAUUCAUGUACUAUACUUAUCUGGAAGCUUAAUUGAAGGAAUUUUGAAUUGUUGA